CAGUGAUGCCGGGUAUGGUGAUGUUUCGGCGGCGCUGGUCAGUUGGCAGUGAUGACCUAGUGCUGCCCGCCCUCUUCCUCUUUCUACUACACUGCGUCUGGCUGGUGGUUCUGUCUGUGGUUCUGUUCGGCCUGCCCUAUGGCUCGGACCAAUCCUGCUCAGUCACCUUGGUGGACCAUGGUCGGGGGUACCUGGGCAUCCUGGUCAGCUGCCUGAUCUGUGAGAGCGCCAUCAUGUGGCUGAGUAUGAGAGGCAGCAUCCUCUAUACACAGCCCAGAGAAGCUGUGCAGUAUGUCCUCUACAUACGACUAGCCAUCCUGUUGGUGGAGUUGGUAUAUGCAGUCGUGGGGAUCGCCUGGCUUUUCCAAUACUACCAACCAUGCUCUGAUGUCACUGCCAAGAACCUUGCUUUGGGGAUUGUGGUGUGCAAUUGGCUGGUGAUCUUCAGCGUGUGUUUCACCCUCAUGUGUACCUUUGACCCCACGGGACGCACCUUUGUCAAACUGAAAGCCACCCGGCGACGCCAACGCAACCUCACCACCUACACCCUCAGACACAGGCUAGAGGAGGGCCAAGCCAGCAGCUGGAGCAGGAGACUGAAGUUCUUCAUGUGCUGCACCCGAGCCCAGGACACACAGUCUGAUGCGUAUUCUGAGGUGGCCAGCCUGUUUGCAGAGUUCUUCCGAGAUCUGGACAUUGUGCCUAGUGACAUCAUAGCUGGCCUGGUGCUGCUUCGCCAGAGACAGAGGUCCAACAGAGGUGCCAUUCUGGACCAGGCCAACAAUGACAUUUUAGCCUUCUUAUCUGGAAUGCCUGUAACUCGCAACACCAAAUACCUGGACCUUAAGAACUCGACGGAGAUGGGCAUGUACAAGGAGGUGUGUUACUACAUGCUGUUUGCCCUGGCCGCGUACGGCUGGCCCAUGUACCUAAUGAGGAAGCCUGCGUGUGGGCUGUGCCGCCUGACCAGCUCCUGCCACUGUACAUCAGGGUCUGGCUCUAGGCUGUCCCAGACAGUGACGGUGGAGGAGGAUAACUGUUGUGGCUGUAACGUCCUGGCUAUCCGCCGCCACUUCCUGGACAGAGAGCUGAAGCAGGUCCACGUUGUCUACACAUCCUGGCACGACGCGGUUUACGAGACACCUUUCUUUGUGGCUGUGGAUCACGGGAAAAAGAAAGUUGUCAUCAGCAUUCGAGGAACCCUGUCCCCCAAA